CGCAUGGAGCCCCCGGGGACCGGUGGCGGCAAUGCAGCGACAGGCCACCAAAGGACCAGCCACGUCAAGCGGGGCUCCGUAUGGGUCCCCGACCGCCCCCCCUCAUCUCGCAACACCAGCGGCGCCCGCGGCAGCGGCGGCGGCGGCGGCAGGCACUUCCUUGGUGGCAGUGGCAAGCAGCUGAAGCUGGGCCAGACCCGCAUUACUUCAUCCUCCGCUUUCAGCAAGGACCUGGAUGAGGACUGGGGCAUCGGAAGUACGGACGAGGACGAUGACGGCGGUGAUUUCGUACGGCAUGCCGGCGGCGGCGGCGGAGCUGGCGGGAGAAGCGGCAGGGGCCAAAGCGGCGUUCCCAGGGCUAAAGCCGUACAAGGCGGUGGUGGUGGCGGCGGGGGUGGCAGCGGGAGGCCCCGCCAACAAGACGAGCGGCGCCGUCAGCAGCGGCUGCUGUUGUAUGAGCGGGCGGGGCUGCAGAGACCUCGUUCGGCGUCCUCGCAGGGCAACCACCACCGCAGGGGUGCCGCCGCAUUUGGGCGCGCUGAUGGGGUCGCGCAGAAUGAGCCCAUCACCAUUCUCGACAGCGACGAUGAGGGCGACGACGACGACAAUGCUGACGACUUUACGGACGGCAUCAACGUCACCCGGGGAGGGCAGCAUGCCAGUCGGAGUCGAGCCACUGACAGGUACUCGUCCGGUGCUCGGAAUGAGGGAGGGGCUGCUGAUGAUGGUGACGAGGAAGAGGAGGAGGAGGAGGAUGACAUGUUGUACGGCAGGCGCGAAGGAGGCAGACGAGAGUACGGCAGGAGGAGCCUGUACGGCAGAAGACGAGGGUACGAGAGUAACGGUGACGAGGCGUACGAUCUGGAUGACUUUGUGGACGACCGGGUGCGGAUGUCGACCAGUGAGGAUGAUGAUGACGAGGUGCGGGGGGAGGCGGAGAGGCGAGCGAUGCGGUACGAACGAGAGGAGCUGGCGCAGGAGAUGCAGGCUCUGCUGCCUGCAUUGCGGCGGGAUCACCUGCGCCGCCCCUCUCCGGAUCCCGUCGCUCACCGCCGUACAACCUCCAAAUCCAGAUCCCACUCGCACGGCGGUACGGCCGGCCGUACACCCAACCCCAACCCCAGCCGCAGCCACAGCCAAGCCCACAGUCUCAGCAUUAGUCGCGGUCGUAGCCAGAGCACGGGGGCGGGACGCAGGGCAACGUCGGGGCUGUCAGGGGGGAAACGCGGCGGGAGGAGGUCUGCGCGUUCUGAGGGCGGUUCGCUGCUGGGUAGCGACAGUGACAGCGGCGGCAGCGGCAGCGACAGCAGUGCGGUUGCCCGGCGGCAGCCGCGGCGGCGGCGGCAGCAACAGCAGCAAGGUGAAGACGGCCUGACGAGGGAGGCUCGACGUCUGAGAGAGCAGCAGCGCGCGUUCCGGGACAAAUCCCCAGGCAAGCCCAGACGUCAGAAACCGACGGAGGCCGCGACAGAGCGUACCGCCGCCGCCACCACUGCGGCUGCUAGUGAGGGCGGAGCCCGCACUGGUUCGCGUCUUGCGGGCACGUCGAGCGCCGGCGGCGGCGGCGACAAUGCG